AUGACAACUACUCCAAAUACUGUGAUAGUCGUAGGUGGGCCAGCAGGUACUGGUAAAACUACAAUUGCAGAAUUGUUAGCAACCCACUUUCAGUGUCCAUUCAUAGAAGGUGAUGCACUUCACCCACCCCAAAACAUAUCCAAAAUGUCUGAGGGUAUACCAUUAACCGAUGAAGACAGGUGGGAUUGGCUCAAGGAACUUACUCGGGCUUCUGUUGGACAAUGCAUUGAUUCCACCAACAAGUCAAAUAUUGCAAUUGUUUCAUGCUCGAUUCUUAAAAAGAUAUAUCGUGAAUAUAUUAAACAAUGCUCUGGAGAAAGCCUGGCCGGUGAGAUUCAAUUCAAGUUUGUUUUCUUACACACUACGUUAGAACAUUUAUUCGAGAGAGUUCAAAAUAGACCGGGACACUUCAUGAAAUCUGAUAUGGUCAGUUCACAAUACUCCAUCAUGGAAAUUCCAUGCGAUGAUGAGUUGCUUGAAAACGGUGGAGAAGCAUUACCGGUUGACACAACUAAUAAGUCGCCACAAGAAAUAUAUAAAGAAGUUGUAUCGUCAUUAAAGUUAUGA